CUGAUCAGGAAGAAGCUUUCUCCACGCCUCCUCAGCCGAUGGCGUGUUUGGAGCAACCUGUCUGUACCUUUUCCCACGUGUAGUCAAACCUGCUGCUUUGUCUCCGUCUGCUUAAUUUUGUUUUAACCAUGUCUGUUGUCAGAACGAGUUUAAAAUUGUUAGUGUUCGCCGCAGUCACCGCUCUGGUCGUGCUGCUGCUGCGGCAUUGGAUGGCUACCAAGCAGUACGUUUUCAACAAAGAAGACAUCGCCAAAUUGGCCAAACAGUACGCAGGACAGGAUCAUGAGCAGGCCUUCUCCAAAGUGGUGGUGGAGCUUAGGAAGAGGUAUCCCGGCCACAUCCUGCCGGACGAGGACCUGCAGUGGGUGUUUGUGAAUGCCGGAGGUUGGAUGGGCUCUAUGUGCCUCCUCCAUGCCUCGCUCACAGAGUAUUUGCUGCUUUUUGGGACUGCAGUGGACACAGGGGGACAUUCAGGUCGUUACUGGGCUGAGAUUUCUGACACCAUCAUAUCUGGCACCUUCAGACAGUGGAAGGAGGGAACAACCAAGAGUGAAAUAUACUACCCUGGUGACACCAUUGUGCAUAGUGUUGGCGAGGCGACGUCGGUCCAGUGGAGCGCCGGAACGUGGAUGGUGGAGUAUGGCCAAGGCUUCAUCCCCUCCACGCUGGGAUUUGCCCUUGCAGACACUCUGUUCAGCACCCAGGACUUCCUCACAAUGUUCUACACCAUCCGUGUCUACGUAAAAGGUCUGCUGCUCGAGGCUGGUACACUGCUUACAGAGGCUGGGGUUUUCUGAGGCUCGAUGCCAGCACAGGAGCAGUAAUGUGUAAACAUUCACCUUGUCAUCACACGCCAUUUUACUCCUGACCACCAUCAUCUAGCAUGGGGAAAACAUCUCUUCCAGGUCAUUCAUAGCUCAGAUAUUUUUAAACUGGAAUUGUAGACGAUUCAAUUUUGCAUACAUACAGUAGAUCACAUCCACAUUCAAGUGCUCGUUUCUCAAUAGACUAUCCAGAAAUGUCGGAGUCUCUUUUGCUUUACCCUGUGAUGCCACACUGCAUUACCAGUGCAACACUGAGUUAGGUGCCGUACCACUCACCAAAAUCGACGCCGAAGAAAGCAUCAUUCUGAAUCAAACUCAGCAUCUUAAUGUACACAGUGAACGUGAACAAUGAGAGCUCAAACUGCCCACAUUGUCAGAGAGGUCGUUGGUACCCAUAAAAAAAAAAAAAAAAAAAUACGACAUCCAUAUAUUUUAAGGAUCUGGCUUAAAAAACUGAGCUCCAGAGAAAGAUCAGUCAUUUCGAAAAAUAAGCACCGAUUUAUAAAUUUCUGCUGUUAAAACUGGGUGUUGACCAUCAAAUUUGGGGACCAAGGGAUUUCUUAUAUUAUGCAAAGCCAAAACCGCAGUUUUCUUAGUAAACACUUGGAGUCGGGGGUGUCACAAUAGAUUUAUCAUGAUGUACACAUAGAUGAUUUGGCAUUGACAAAUGUCAAAAUUGGUUUUGUGUGCUACAGGUAUCUUGUAGUUCAUCUUCACAAAAGCCAGUGUUGACAAGCAUGUCUUAAUGAUAACAUUUGUGAGAUGACCUCAUAUGAAGUAUAUCGUGAAUACUUCUGAGCCAUCACCCAGAGACUAAUGUUAACAGAGCGGAGCUGCGAUGAGCAGUAACCAACGAGUCCAGCUGACCAACACGCUGCAGCAACAAACAACUUAAAACUUAAACUCUGUGGUGAAGAAAACAACUAUGUGCUCGGUCUGUUCCUCCACCCACUCAACGUAUGGACAGCAGUGACCUUUUCGUAACAACGUUCUCUUAUUCUCAUAAAGGCAGGAGACCGUGAGUUGCUUUUUAAAUUAAUUAACUGAUUACCAGUCAGCCCCUGGCUUAAAAGCUAGCGUAUGGAAGCUUUUUUGGUUUCUGUGAAGUUGACAGAAAAACAGACCUGGACAAGAGCCACACUGUAUGCAAGUUGUGUACACUACACUACACUACACUAAUUAUGGAUCAUUACAAAUAUUCUGUGAUAAGUAGUCAAUAUCAAGAAGCACUUUUAUUUCAGAGAAGUCUGUCCUGACAUUUGGCUGUAUUUCCUCACUGACAAUCGAUGAUUUGCUUAUACUGAAUGUCUUUCUGAAAACCUGAGACGAAGUGAACUGUCUGGGAUAUGUGUGCAAUAUCGCAUUUGUGGCCUAGUAUGAGUCAUAGCCCGAUUCAUACCAGCUCAGAGAAGGCAGUGUUGUGAUGAUUAUAGUUACGCUGUUAUGGUGUGUGUGUGUAUUCAUUUUUUUAAGAACCCUUCCCCAUCUUUAUUUUUAGGCUUGAUGUAUAAUAUUCAGUCCUUUUUUUUUUCUCUUUCUCUCUCAACAGUUUGUCCAAUAAAUCUAAUCGCCUUUGUGGCCCAAUGACUUCUUUUCAAACUGUAAGGCAGAUAUUUAACACAAAAUACUGUACAAAGUCUGUGGCGCUGUUAAACACCAACAGAUAUGCCUUUGGAGAAAUUUAGGAGCACUUUGAAAUGUUUAUGCAAUUCACAUGUGACGAGUGGGGGGGAGGGUUAUUGUUCUGUACUUCUGGUCAUGCCUCUACUGUGUUAUUCUGUAAAUUGUACUUCUUUUAUUCAUUUAAUGGGAUGGAUUGGAUGAGUUGAAGGUGACUUAAUUAAAAAAAAAAAAAACUUCUUUCAAAAUAACUCACAAAACGCUAUGAGUUUAAGUGGUGUUGGUACAAUCAUUUUGAAAGUGUAACUGCUAGAAUAGUUUCGUGCCCUGACCAAGUGGUACUACUUGGCUGCAGUGUCCUUCGUUUUUUUGUCUGGAACUUUGCACUAACCCAACAGGGUAGAAUGAAAACAAUCUACAGGCCUCCUGUAUUCACUCGCUGUAUUACAAUACUGAGCAGAAAUAGCGUAAAAUCAAAGCCUUUUGGAGAUAGUAUUUGUGUAUUUCACCCAAAGUUGCACUACACAAGCAAGUCACAACUGCUGAAUCCAGUUGAAUCUCCCAGUUUGAACCUUUCAGCCUGAUGCCAAAAUCCAUCAAGGGGUUCUUUAAAUUAUGCUGUACUAAUGUAAACUGGAGUUAUUUGGUCUAUGUACAUCAGCUUCAGUAGCAGCGUGCUGUCAUGGAUGGGUGGCUAAUCAAACAAAACACUUGAAUGUCUAAUUUACUAUUUGCAAGGUGAAGUUGAAAACUCACAGUGCCAAAAGAAAUAAAUGUUUUUGAAGGAAAAUGGGA